AUGGAUGGUAAGUGGGUGGGUGUAAUUAGGGGUCGCUGUAUUUCGCUCUUUUCGUCACUAGAAGGAAUAAUGGCUGCAGAUGAUGUUAAGAGAGAGGAAAUCACCAAUAAUAACGACGAUUAUAACGGGGAAGGAAUAAAUGAAAGGACCAAAAUGGCAGAGCACAUUGCAGCAGUGCACUUGUUCUUAAGCGAUAGGGUAAGAUGCACGGCACGAUAA